GAUGCCAGCCCCCAUCAGACUCCGGGAGCUGAUCCGGACCAUCCGGACAGCGCGGACCCAGGCGGAAGAAAGGGAGAUGAUCCAGAAAGAAUGUGCUGCUAUUCGAUCCUCUUUCAGAGAAGAGGACAACACGUACCGGUGCCGGAACGUCGCCAAGUUGCUAUACAUGCACAUGCUAGGCUAUCCUGCACACUUUGGACAGCUGGAGUGCCUCAAACUGAUCGCCUCUCAGAAAUUCACAGACAAGCGCAUUGGUUACCUUGGAGCCAUGCUGCUGCUGGACGAGAGGCAGGACGUCCACCUCCUGAUGACCAAUUGCAUCAAGAAUGACCUUAAUCACAGCACGCAGUACGUACAAGGCCUGGCGCUCUGCACCCUGGGCUGCAUGGGCUCCUCCGAAAUGUGCCGCGACUUGGCCGGGGAGGUGGAGAAGCUCCUCAAGACCUCCAACUCCUACUUGAGGAAAAAGGCAGCCCUCUGUGCUGUUCACGUCAUCCGGAAGGUGCCUGAGCUCAUGGAGAUGUUCCUGCCAGCCACAAAAAAUCUACUGAAUGAGAAAAAUCAUGGUGUCCUUCACACUUCGGUGGUCCUUCUCACAGAGAUGUGCGAGAGAAGCCCAGACAUGCUAGCCCACUUCAGAAAGAAUGAAAAGCUUGUGCCCCAGCUUGUCCGCAUCCUGAAGAACCUCAUCAUGUCCGGCUAUUCUCCCGAGCACGACGUUUCUGGGAUCAGUGACCCCUUUCUGCAGGUGCGGAUCCUGAGACUGCUGAGAAUUCUGGGCCGAAAUGAUGAUGAUUCGAGUGAAGCCAUGAACGACAUUCUUGCCCAGGUGGCCACAAAUACGGAAACAAGUAAAAAUGUGGGGAACGCCAUUCUUUACGAAACGGUUUUAACCAUCAUGGACAUCAAGUCUGAGAGUGGCCUUCGGGUGUUGGCCAUAAACAUCCUUGGUCGGUUCUUGCUCAAUAAUGACAAAAAUAUCAGAUAUGUAGCAUUGACAUCCUUGCUGAAGACGGUGCAGACGGACCACAAUGCUGUGCAGAGGCACCGGAGCACCAUCGUGGACUGCCUGAAGGACCUGGACGUGUCCAUCAAAAGGCGGGCGAUGGAGCUCAGCUUUGCUCUUGUGAACGGGAACAACAUCCGGGGCAUGAUGAAGGAGCUGCUGUACUUCCUGGAUUCCUGUGAGCCAGAGUUCAAGGCAGAUUGUGCAUCGGGCAUUUUUCUGGCAGCUGAGAAAUACGCUCCCUCAAAGCGCUGGCAUAUAGACACCAUCAUGCGAGUCCUGACCACGGCAGGGAGUUACGUCCGUGACGAUGCUGUGCCCAACCUCAUCCAGCUGAUCACCAACAGCGUGGAGAUGCACGCCUACACUGUGCAGAAGCUUUACAAAGCCAUCCUGGGCGACUAUUCCCAGCAACCCCUGGUCCAGGUGGCGUCCUGGUGCAUAGGAGAAUACGGAGACCUUCUGGUGUCUGGCCAGUGUGAGGAGGAGGAGCCUAUCCAGGUCACCGAGGAUGAAGUCCUUGAUGUUUUGGAAAGCGUCCUUGUUUCCAACAUGUCGGCGUCAGUCACGCGAGGUUAUGCCCUCACGGCCAUCAUGAAGCUCUCCACGCGGUUCACUUGCACGGUCAACCGCAUCAAAAAGGUGGUGUCCAUCUACGGCAGCAGCAUUGAUGUGGAACUCCAGCAGAGGGCAGUGGAGUACAACGCCUUGUUCAAGAAGUACGACCACAUGAGGUCAGCGCUCCUGGAGAGGAUGCCAGUCAUGGAGAAAGUGACCACCAACGGCCCCACAGAUGUCACGCAGCCCAACGGGGAGGCAGAGCCUGCAGUCCCGGAGGCCAAGCCGCCCCCGUCUGGCCCGCCCCCCACUAGCCAAGCGAACGACCUGCUCGACCUUUUGGGAAGCAACGACAUCACCCCUGUCAUUCCGACGGCCCCUCCCAAUAAGCCAGCGUCUGCUGGCGGGGAGCUGCUGGACCUCCUGGGGGACCUCAACCCAACCACAGGUCCUCCAGUUCCUGCCCCACAGAUAUCGCAACCCCCAUUCCUGUUGGACGGCCUUUCUUCCCAGCCCAUCUUCAAUGACAUAGCUGCUGCUGGAAUCCCUCCCAUCACCGCCUACAACAAGAAUGGCCUCAAGAUCGACUUUGCCUUCGAGCGCUCCAACACCAACCCCAGCGUCACCGUGAUCACAAUACAGGCCUCCAACAGCACCGAGAUGGACAUGACGGACUUCGUGUUCCAGGCUGCGGUACCAAAGACAUUCCAGCUGCAGCUCCUGUCCCCCAGCAGUAGCGUCAUCCCAGCGUUCAACACAGGGACCAUCACACAAGUCAUCAAAGUCCUGAACCCCCAGAAGCAACAGCUCCGCAUGCGGAUUAAGCUGACGUAUAACCACAAGGGCUCAGCGAUGCAAGACCUGGCAGAAGUCAACACCUUCCCCGCUCAGUCCUGGCAAUGAGGAGCUCGGGGGCCCCCACCCUCCUCACCCCACCGGAACGAAGGAACGCUGGGCAGAGCGCCGCGACUCCCGGCCUCCCUGAUCUGCGCUGGGACCUGGGAAGCUCCUGAGAGUUGCUGCCGCCGUCGCCGCUGCUGCUGCAGAGCAGGAGGACUGGCCUUGCUCACUUCCAAGCAUAUCUCUGGAGCCACUGGCUCGCUCUCUCCCCUCCUCCUCCUCCUCCUCCUCUUCCUCUUCUUUUCCUCUCCUGGCCACGGAGCCACACCUGACACCGAAGCCCCAUUCCCUGUGUUUGGACAAAGGGAUGGGGGAGGGACACUGAGGGGGGGCCCUGUGCUCUCCCUCCUGCCCCCACCCACAGGGGAGCGGCUGUUUCCUCCUCUCUCUCUCUUUUCUUGCCAUCUCCUCUCCGGUGGGUGAGAGAGUGAGUGAGGUGGGUCUUGGUGCGGCUCCUCCUUUCGCCGCUUCUCCAUCGUCAGGCACUUUUUCAUCCACGGUUCGUGUUGGAAACGUCUUUCAAGAAUGCUGGUGACCCUUCCCUGGGGGGGAAGGGGUUCCCCGACAUUUGGGGGGCAGGGAAGGGCUUUUCUAUGCUUGACUGCACACCCCCUGAGGGCAGCCCCCCUUCCCAAGUCUGAGACGGGGACGAUGGGCAUGUGAAGCUGCGGUUCCGGACAGAAGCUGUGCCGGGAGGAUUUGGCGACGGAGGUGGGGCCGCACCGCUAAGCCCUUCUUUGUCCGGGGCCUGUCUGAGAAGAGGCAUCACAAGGGAUGAGAUGAACUGCUCCAGCAAGUCGCUCUUCAGCAUGUCCCCACCCUGAAUCUUGGAACUCUUUUUUUUCUCUCUCUGGUCCUUGGCUAUCAACUGUGGUCGGGUGGGUAGGAAAGCUAGGGGUGAGCCACACACCAAGAGGUGAAGGAGAAGGGGGCCCUCCGCCUUUUGCCCACAAGAAAGACUCAUCUCAGACUCCACUGCAAAGCUGCUUUCCCUCCCUCAGCCCUCUUCAUUUCCUGAGUCUGUCAGAGUCCUGGAUUCCAUUUGAAUUCGUUCUUCUCCUGGGACGUUUGUGUUGUAUCUGUAAUAUUGGCACUGAAAUAAAAGACCAUGCAGUUUAA